GCGGUAUGCUCAAGGCCGAUCCGUACAUCCUGGCCCUCAAUACUAUCAUGCGUACGUGUUCGGUUGCGCGCGAGAGCCCCUUUCGCUGACGAUAUUCUACAGUGCCGGCGCUCCGGUACAUGAUCGCGCGAGUUCUCUAUGCUCAGGGAUGUCCUCCGGCGCCGAUCUUCCACCCCGUGAUGAGAGGAUACGUGCACAUAGGCAUUCCAGUAGCUCUUGUAACAGCGCUGCGUAAAACAACUACCCCAGGCCAUCUCGAGCUAGUACAUCUCUGUCAAUAUGAUGUUAAUCGCUCAACCUUUCUCUCAUCUGACGCCGAGAGGCUGUCUGCGACCUCGCAGGCUGCCAGCUGUAUCGGUGAUUUCGGGAGUUGGUCAAGUCCACGGCACCGGGGAGUUUCUGUCCACGUGCCUUCCCGAGACUAUAUGAACAUGAGUAUCCCACGCUGGCGACCCUUCUUCGACCACCAUGUCCCGCCGGUCGAAGGACUCACCUCGAGCCUCUCCCCGGCGUCGAGCCCUCCGCACCAUAGUGGUACGGGGUGCUUGGAUGGGCCCGGGAGGACCUAGUAAGUCCCUCCGAGCUCACACGGGAGCGUUCGGGUCGAUCCACGGUG